GGGAUUUCCACCCGUCCUUCGUCACCAAUGGCGCGAGGACAACGAGCAAGUUCCGCGUCGCAUGCGUGUGUCGUGUGCUGUCUGAGCAUUGACAACAAGACGAGGUUCCAAACAGUCGGCUCCUGCAACCACGUGGGGUGCUGCAGCAUCUGUGCGCUGCGAAUGCGUCAGCUCCUCAAGUCAAAGCAAUGCGUGAUGUGCAAAACCGAGAUGGAUCGUGUGAUUUGUAUUACAGACGACACGAUGACGUUCGAGAGCUUUCAGGACUGGGGAGACAACAUUGGUCCUACCCACAUCUUUGACGAAGGGUCGGGGAUGUAUUUUCUGAAGGAAAACUACAGCGCCGUCCAGGGGCUGCGCAGCCUCACGUGUUCUGCGCGCAACUGCCCCGACAAACACAGCUUCCCGAAUAUCAAAGCGCUCAAGCAACAUUUGAAUACGAAGCACGCGCUGUCUUUCUGUGAUUUUUGCCUAGACCACAAGAAUGCCUUUCUCCAAGAACAAGUCUUGUACACUGCUGGCGCAUUGAAGAAGCACAAGUCCCAGGGAAACCCCGAGGAAGGGUUCAAUGGCCACCCCAAGUGUGACUUUUGCUCGUCGAGUUACUACGGCAACAAUGAACUCCACGAACACUUGCGGAAGCACCACUACGAGUGUGAAAUCUGCCUGCACGCGUAUGGCAUCGAGAACCGAUACUACAAGGACUACAACGACAUGGAAAAUCACUUCCGGUCCGAUCAUUUCUUGUGCGAAGAACCGUCCUGCCUUGCCGCGAAAUUUGUUGUGUUCAAGAACCACAUAGAGUUUCAAGCGCACAUGACCAAGAACCAUCCCCACAUUCCUGUGAGUAAGCGCAUCGACGUGAACUUUUCGGUGCGUCGAGCCGACCGCGAGGGCCGCGACGAGUACAAGCCCCGCGAUGAUUACACACCGAUUCAAGCGCCGGACGCUGCCAACAUCACAGUCGCAGACUUCCCCGCGCUGGUCGGCAACGAACAACAGGUUAACUUCACACCGUGGCAGAGUCAGAACAUUCGCAUGCCCCGCCAAGAAGAUUUUCCGCAACUAGUGGCGUCGUCCGCUCCAUCGUCGGCGGCGCAGUACCGCAACGCCGUUGUCCCGCAGCCGACACUCGCCAUGCGGGCUCACAUGCACGGCAGUGACCCGUGGGAGUACCCUGAAAUGCAGCAAGCAGCCGAAGUACUUGGCGCGAACAAUCCGUUCUUGCGACUGGUAAAACCGAGCAAGAAGAAAAAGAACAAAGGGAAUGCCGCCAGCCAGCCGUCGCCGUCCCCGCCACCGACGCCCACUCCGAGCGCUGCACCACCCGUCGACGAAGAAGAAGAGAAGCCACCUGCGGCCGACCAGUCCGAAUCCGUAAUCGACAGCAUCCAAGCUGCGCUCGGCAGCGAGGCCAAGUAUGUUCAAUUCCGCGAAGUGUGCAAGAAGUUUCGACAAAAGGAGAUCCCGGCCGUGUCGUUCUAUAGCUUGGCCCGCGCCAUGUUUCGACCGGACGACUUGCACGAGCUCUUUCCCAAACUCAUGAGCUUGCUACCGGACGAGAGCCAGGUCACAGAAGUGCUCGUGCUGCAUAACAAAUCCAAACCUGUCGGAUUCAACGACGCCAAGCUGAGGAAGCGACCGUCAAAAUCCAAAACAGAGACGCCCCCCGCGCCGGUUGCAGGGCCAGCACCAGCGCCGGUCGCCAUUGUUGCUACUGCGGCUGUGAUUCCGUCAGCUGCUACCGCAGUUGCUCGAAGUGCCCCGUCGCCCGCCAAUUCUACCGCCGAAGAUUGGCCUGCCCCGCAACCAGCUCCCAAACCUGCACAAGCUAACAACGCCAAGCCCAAAAAAGCCCGUCAAGUUCCGAUACCUGCUGCCGUAGGAUGGGGAAAUGCCCUGAAAGAGGUCGGGGCCAUGCCACAGAAUUCAAAGAAAGGCCAACAACUGAACGUCGUGCUCAACAAUACAGACCGCGAAGCGUUCAAUGCCAGAGCGAGAAACAAAAAGUCUGCUCCGAACAACGUCGUGAGCUGGAGCUCUACAGCGAGCUGGAGCGAGCCCGUUUCCGCGCCGAUUGUGUCCACUGGUUUGACCCCCGAGUCGUCCAAGAUUCAAGUGGUAUCGGUCGAUUCGGUGCAAGGCAAUCUUCAGGAAUUACAGCUGCAUGCUCAAGGAAAAGCCCCAAGCCGGAAUCGAAGCGACUUUCCUGAGCUUCCCAAGGCAGGGCCUCCCGUAGGCAUCCAACAUGUUGUGUUGGACAAGAAGGGUCAUGGGGGUGCCAAUGCAUGGGGAGAAGAGUCCAAGCCACAACCAUCCACUCAGCAAACGUCCAAAAAGAAAAACAAGAAGGGCAAGCUGACAUUGCAAGAGUUUGCCAUGCUGUCAGGUUAAGGAACGUCGAAUCCUAGUCAUCGUGGGUUUGUUGGUGUGUUGGCGAUCUGUACAAGGAUGUCGAUUUAGGACGCCGUAUCGACGGGCGGGCCUUGGUCG